AUGUCUGCUUCUUGCCAUUGCAACAAAAAAAGAGACGAAAUCUCGAAAUUAGAUGACUCUUUGCUCGAUGCUAAUGAUCCAAAUCAUCCGGCAAAUUUAAUCUGUGAAUUGUGUCGCUUGUUUUAUGACAACAAUUGGGUCACUGGUACAGGCGGUGGUAUUUCCAUUCGUGAUGUGAAGGGUAAAAAUCCAAACUUGGUAUACAUUGCUCCUUCCGGAAUUCAGAAGGAGAAAUUACAACCAUGGGAAAUGUUCGUAGUAGAAUUGCCAGACGAAAAGCUUUUACGUACUCCUAAUGAUUGCCCAACGGAAUUAACCAAAUCAUAUAAGUAUAAGCCAUCAGCAUGUACUCCGUUGUUCAUGAGCUGCUAUACCAUGAGAGAUGCUGGUGCAUGUAUCCACACCCAUUCUCAGAAUGCUGUCAUGUGUAGUUUGUUAUGGGGAGAUAAGGUUGAAUUCGAAAUUUCCCAUAUUGAACAAAUCAAAGCAUUGCCAAAAUUGGCGGUGAAUGAAAAGACUGGUAAAGUUGAGAAGGUUGGAAGCAUGCAAUACUUUGAUAAGCUUGUUAUUCCAAUCAUUGAAAAUACUCCCCACGAAGAGGACUUGACAGAUAGUCUCCAAGAAGCUAUCAAAAACUAUCCGGGGACUACGGCUGUUCUUGUCAGAAGACAUGGUAUAUAUGUCUGGGGUGAAGAUGUAUGGAAAGCCAAGGUUUACAAUGAAGCCUUGGAUUAUUUAUUAGAGUUGGCCGUUAAAAUGAAGCAAUCAGGUAUUCCUACAACCACCCAAUCAAAUUAA